GAGAGACCUCAACUUUUUGCAGAAGGAGCGCGCGCGCCUGGGAGAGCUCGGGGUCCGGCGCUUGCGGUGGGAGCCACGAGCCGGAGAGAGGGGUCCCGGGCUGCCUCGACCGCCGUCGCCACCGCCUCUCCUGUCGCGAUCGCAGCUCCCAGCGCGCCGGCGGCCGUCGCCGCCGAAGCCACCACAGCCGCUGUGUGCAGCCUGGAAGGGGGGGCGGGGGGGAGGGGGGGAGCCACGAAAGCGGGGUGCCGAGGACUUUGCAACUUGCCCAGGAAGGUGGAGGGGCGGGAGGGGGAGGGGGACCUCCGCACGAGACCCAGAGGCCCGGGUUGGAGCGUCCAGCCCCGCAGCGGAUCAUGGUGCAGCAGGCGGAGAGCUUGGAAGCGGAGAGCAACCUGCCCCGGGAGGCGCUGGACACGGAGGAGGGCGAAUUCAUGGCUUGCAGCCCGGUGGCCCUGGACGAGAGCGACCCAGACUGGUGCAAGACGGCGUCGGGCCACAUCAAGCGGCCGAUGAACGCGUUCAUGGUGUGGUCCAAGAUCGAACGCAGGAAGAUCAUGGAGCAGUCUCCGGACAUGCACAACGCCGAGAUCUCCAAGAGGCUGGGCAAGCGCUGGAAAAUGCUGAAGGACAGCGAGAAGAUCCCGUUCAUCCGGGAGGCGGAGCGGCUGCGGCUCAAGCACAUGGCCGACUACCCCGACUACAAGUACCGGCCCCGGAAAAAGCCCAAAAUGGACCCCUCGGCCAAGCCCAGCGCCAGCCAGAGCCCAGAGAAGAACGCGGCCGGCGGCGGCGGGAGCGCGGGCGGCGGCGCGGGCGGUGCCAAGACCUCCAAGGGCUCCAGCAAGAAAUGCGGCAAGCUCAAGGCCCCCGCAGCCGCCGGCGCCAAGGCGGGCGCGGGCAAGGCGGCCCAGGCCGGGGACUACGGGGGAGCGGGCGACGACUACGUGCUGGGCAGCCUGCGCGUGAGCGGCUCGGGCGGCGGCGGCGCGGGCAAGACGGUCAAGUGCGUGUUUCUGGAUGAGGACGACGACGACGACGACGACGACGACGAGCUGCAGCUGCAGAUCAAACAGGAGCCGGACGAGGAGGACGAGGAACCACCGCACCAGCAGCUCCUGCAGCCGCCGGGGCAGCAGCCGUCGCAGCUGCUGAGACGCUACAACGUCGCCAAAGUGCCCGCCAGCCCUACGCUGAGCAGCUCCGCGGAGUCCCCCGAGGGCGCGAGCCUCUACGACGAGGUGCGGGCCGGCGCGACCUCGGGCGCCGGGGGCGGCAGCCGCCUCUACUACAGCUUCAAGAACAUCACCAAGCAGCACCCGCCGCCGCUCGCGCAGCCCGCGCUGUCGCCCGCGUCCUCGCGCUCGGUGUCCACCUCCUCGUCCAGCAGCAGCGGCAGCAGCAGCGGCAGCAGCGGCGAGGACGCCGACGACCUGAUGUUCGACCUGAGCUUGAAUUUCUCCCAAAGCGCGCACAGCGCCAGCGAGCAGCAGCUGGGGGGCGGCGCGGCGGCCGGGAACCUGUCCCUGUCGCUGGUGGAUAAGGAUUUGGAUUCGUUCAGCGAGGGCAGCCUGGGCUCCCACUUCGAGUUCCCCGACUACUGCACGCCGGAGCUGAGCGAGAUGAUCGCGGGGGACUGGCUGGAGGCGAACUUCUCCGACCUGGUGUUCACAUAUUGAAAGGCGCCCGCUGCUCGCUCUUUCUCUCGGAGGGUGCAGAGCUGGGUUCCUUGGGAGGAAGUUGUAGUGGUGAUGAUGAUGAUGAUGAUGAUGAUAAUGAUGAUGGUGGUGUUGAUGGUGGCGGUGGUAGGGUGGAGGGGAGAGAAGAAGAUGCUGAUGAUAUUGAUAAGAUGUCGUGACGCAAAGAAAUUGGAAAACAUGAUGAAACUUUUGGUGGAGUUAAAGUGAAAUGAGUAGUUUUUAAACAUUUUUCCUGUCCUUUUUUUGUCCCCCCUCCCUUCCUUUAUCGUGUCUCAAGGUAGUUGCAUACCUAGUCUGGAGUUGUGAUUUUUUUCCCAAAAAAUGUGUUUUUGUAAUUACUAUUUCUUUUUCCUGAAAUUCGUGAUUGCAACAAAGGCAGAGGGGGCGGGGCGGGGGAGGGGAGGUAGGACCCGCUCCGGAAGGCGCUGUUUGAAGCUUGUCGGUCUUUGAAGUCUGGAAGACGUCUGCAGAGGACCCUUUUGGCAGCACAACUGUUACUCUAGGGAGUUGGUGGAGAUAUAUUUUUUUUUUUUCUUAAGAGAACUUAAAGAACUGGUGAUUUUUUUUUUUUUUUAACAAAAAAAGGGACCAUUGCAACUUUUGUUAAUUUAAUUUUUUUUUUUUUUUUUUUUUUUUGGAGGGAGAAAACUGAUGUCUUCUAUGCAUCCGAUUCUUAACAAAACUGCAGGGAGCUUGAAAAAAUGCAGACUGUACAAACGCUUACAAAAAAAAAAAAAAAAACUGUGAACUGACUUAAGAUCAGAGUUUACUUUUCAGAUCAAAUUGUUUAUGGUUUUACAAAUGUGAUUUCUACUUGCCAACUUUUUUUUUGUAACUUGUUCCCUUAUACCUCCUUGAUUGAAUACCAGACAGCCUAGACCUCAGUACAAAAGGUAUUGAAACAUUUUUGAUACAUAACAGACCUCAGUCUUUUUUAAAAAUUAAUAUAUUUUCAGGCGUAUUUUUGUACAGUGAAAAGGGAACAUUCUUGCUGUGUUUUUUCAGUAAGACUUUCAGGCACUUCUUCCCUUUUGAUUUCUUUUUUUUCCUCUGUUUUUUAGCAUGCAAGUAUGUUGGUACGUUAUGUCCUGGUUUAAAAAGGAUUAAAAUUUUAAAAUAAUCCUUGCAUCUAAAGGCCUUGUGGUUUAAAAAAAAAAAAGCAAACUUUUUUUUGUACAGCUAUAGUAGAGAUUUGUUCAAUAUUUGUAGGUAAAGAUUUAUUGAAAAUGGUGAUAUAGACCUCAGAGCUGUUAUCUUAGUUUAAAGAUUGUAUAUGUACUGUACUAUAGUAGGACUUUAUGUAUCUCAUACGCUGUGAUGUGGAUGGGGCCCCAGAUGGAAGGUUUGAAACUGGAUUCUCGAUUUUUAGCAAAAAAGAAAAAAAAGGCACAUAGUUUAAAAAGUUUCUCAUUUUGUGCAAUAUAAUCUAAAUAAAGUACAGACCAUCUGCAUAUUUUGUAGCAAAUGGUGGCAAAGCAGACUCAAUGCACUGUCGACAUCAUUGCCUGUUUUUUUUUUUUUUUGUGCUGGAAGUCUGUAUCUUGACAAUUUUAAUAAAUCAGCUGGAACUGAUAGAAACUCGCAUCGCCAAUAGUCUCUAUGGAAGUCAAACUGGAGGUCCUGUUGUCGCAGAGCAUUCGGUGGUGAGGCUGUUGUGUGCGCGGAUGCGGGGAGGUGGCAGGAGAGAAUUCUACAUUUAGGGGGUUAGGCUGAAAAGUGUUCAAUUAGCAGGCUGAUUUCUUUUUCCUCUUCCGCUAGUUGUGAAAGACAGGGGAAGGGUGUUCUUUCUCUCUGCCCUCCCUUUCCAUCUCCAGCUCCGCAUUUCCUUUCUCACCUUCUCCUCCACUCCCUGCCUCUUCUCCCCACCCAUCCUGGCGGUUGGGCCGCGCGGAGGCUCGGGAGCUGGCCGGGGCGGGGCGGAUGGAGGGGCCUGGAUUGCCAGCUCGCUUGGUCGGGGUCCUGUUCGCUGGGGCUUGUGUGUUCUCUGCGGCGGGCCGCGUCCCCGCUGAGCCUCGCGGUGACAGCCGCCUUGGCAGCGAGCGCUCGGGCACUUCUAUCCCCGCCUCUCAAAGGGUGGGGACAGCCGUUUCCAGAUUUGAAUUUUUUCUGUUCUUUAUUUUUAACGCUGCAUCUUCGCGUGUGCUCAGAGGGGGUUGUUGGCGGAGAACGCCGCCGCAGUUUUUGACCUCUAGCGGUGAAGGGGGAAGGGGAAGAGGAAAGGAGAGAAGUGGUCGUUGUCUGUUUCCUUCUGUCCCCCCGGGCGGUGGAACUGUCGGAGGGAAGGAGGACGGUGCGGGGGCGCAGGGGGCGCGGGGCGCGGCGGGACCCAGGCUACGAGCGGGAGGUAGGCGGGAGUCGGGGGAGGACGCGGCAGGCUGGACGAGGGCACCCCGAGGAACAUGGCCUGGCCUCUGUGCGAUCCGAGUCGCGGCCUCCGGGGUGCCGGGGAGGGCCGAACCACUGGUGAGGGCGUGGGGAGCAGGGGGUGGCAGAGGGCACCUGGGUGGUAGCCCGGGACGCAAAAGGCAGAGCCCUGACGCUCCGCGCCCCCGUGACUGGCUCUUCUUGCCUCGCCACCGCGUGCUCCUGGGCGCGCCCCGCCGCGGGCCCUUGAGGCGCGCGGAGACACCAGCGCUGGCGUCCGGGGCCCGCGGGCCGGGGAGGAAAGCCUCAGGGCUGCGGGGUGAGAGGAAGAAAGCAAACCCGGAGAGCAGGCGGCCGCCGCACCCGCGCGCCCAGGGCCCUCACCACGCCCUCCCCGCGCGCCGGCUCAGGGGCUGCCCCGGAAUCAGCUCCCCGGGGCCGCCGCAACAAAGGUGGAUCCGCAUCUUGAUUGUUCUCCGGGAGCCUCCUGGGGGCUCGGGCGGCGGCGUGGGCGCGACCCAUCCCGCUGGCGCUCCCCGCUCGCGGAGCACCGUUUGCCUGUCCACACCCCCUCGCUCCCCACCAUUUUUCCUGACCGGCCUGUGUCCCCGAGCCCUAGCUGCAAGCCCGGGCAGGCGAUCGCGGCCGGGCACGCGCGCCCCGGGCUCCCGCCCCCCUUCCGAGCCUCCGCCGCCUCCUCUUUCUGCUGGGUCCGGGAGGAGGGAGGCUGGGAGGCCGCUCGGGGCCCAGCGUGCCAGCCCCGGAGUUCAGCCUCCCGAGCUGCGGCGCCUGCAGCGGAGGAGGUUUGCAGUGACUAAUUGAAACUCACUGCAAAAUCACCACGACUCUUUCACCUACUGAAAUGAUUGACCGAGGUUUGGCCUUCCAUUUUUACUGAGAUUUGGCGAGACCGAAUGGAAGCGUCCGCACAGUAACUGCAGCUGCUAGGCCAAAGGGGCCCCGGCGCCCUCCCCGCCCCCGCUCCCGCUUGCUUUUGCCUUUACUAGAUCUCACUACCACCCCACCCCCGGCCCCCCGACUGCGAACUCGGGCCUCUCACACGCCCCCCAGCCUCCCGCUCUGGGCGAGCCUCCUCCCCAGCCCCCACCCCUGGGAUGAUGCGAAGCCAGCAAGCUUUUGCUGCAGAUGGACAGGUUUCUUUUCUGUGGCUUUUUCCUUUCGAUAAACCAUCAGAUUUCAGUAGUACAUUUGGGAAAAGAAGGGGCUGAUGGCGUUAACCAGGUUCUCAAUAUAGAACUGGAUUUCUGGCGUUGUUUACCUUACCCCACACCCCCUCAACAUGUAGACUAAUGCAGCCAUUGGUGGUACAUUUAUUUUAGCCACGAAUGACUGAACCAGCGGUUUACAAUUGACACUUGCUCCAUGCUGGUGAUUUUAUGCGGCAGCCCUCUGCUGCAGUUCCGAAACUUGUUGACAACGUAAACCCAUUGAUAGGCUGAUCUAUGUAUUUUGAAAACCUGAAAACUUGGCAUGUAUUUUAUGUUUUAAUCAUAGAUGAAUCUUGGACAUUUUCUGUGGUGAGGUGGAAACUUUAAGUAAAUUAGUAAAGUAAUAAUUUGGCUUCAGAAUGGGAAGAGAUAGUCAAGAUUUUUUUUUUUUUUUUUUAAAGCCAUGUGGCCUAACUUGAUAGAAAAAUAAAAGUAAUUGGUUGGCAAUCUAAAUUUAAAACCUGUUAGAACUCAGGACAGGCGCUUCAAUGCGCUUUUUAACAAUAUUUAAGGCUGUUUUGAUGAGUGCAUUGUGAGAAUCAUCUUAAUGAAUUCUUUAUUGAAUGUCGAAAACAUAAUAUAAUACACAAAGUAUUCUUGCCACUGGAUAGUCUUCAAUAAAAGUUUAAUUGAUUUUUUUUGUUGGUCUCUUAAGUAAGUCUUAUUUUUAGCUGAGCAUUGACAGAGUAUCUUAAAAUGGUAACCUGGGGGUGGGGGGUGGGCGCUGUGUGCACGGCAGCCUAGCCAGUGGGGAUCCUGCUGUUUAUUAUAAGUAGUUCACAGACUCUGAUGGCAUUUUGUAAGCUUUCCAUCUUUAAGAAAUUGAACCAGCAUUCUCUUAUUAAUUCUUUAAACUGUGGAAGUAAUUUCCAGUUCUUACACUCUGAUAUGCAUCCCUUUUAUUUAAAAAAAAAUGCUAAUAAAAGGCAGUGUACUUAAACUGUGCUUUGCAAAUAUUAUGUAUGUUAUGAAUGACUACAGACACUGGGCAAAUUAUUUGUAGAAUGAUUAUCCUUUAGCUAGAGAAAGAAAUCAUUACAACUCUUUUGGGCAGAGAUGUUUCUUUUUAAUGUUAAUCAAGGGGAAGUGAUUUAAAUAUGCAUAAAUGUAGCAGUCGGG